AUGCACGUCGAUGGGCAGGAGAAGGAAGCCAAGGCAGAUUCCUCCUGGCAAGGCAUCGCAGCAGCGAUAGCCUCCUUACCCGAUACCGUGACGCAUUUGGGUGACACGAUUGCCGGUUAUAUCGUCCCAGACUGGAUCCGAAUACUACCCGGAUUUAUUAAAAAACUUCAGAAUGAGCUCUCGAUAGCUCCAGGCACAUUGGCAGAUGAGAUAUGGAAAGACGCAAACGACCCGGAGACCAACCCAGAAAUCGUUUGGGACGCGCGCGUACGCAUUUCCGGCGACCUGUGCGAGGAAGAAAAACAAUUCCGGCAGAAGCGCAAAGUUUAUGUUCGUCGGGCGCUGGCAAAAUACCUAGGCAUGGACGAGAACGAAAUCCAUCCGGAUGACGUGCCUACAAUAGCCAUGUGUGGCUCGGGCGGCGGUCUUCGUGCUCUAGUUGCAGGAUCCUCUUCAUACCUUUCAGCUCAAGAGGCUGGGUUAUUCGACUGUGUCACGUACACAGCUGGGGUUAGCGGAAGUUGCUGGCUUCAAGCUUUGUAUUAUUCAAGUCUUACCGGUCAAUGCCACCAGAAGCUCAUCAGUCAUCUCAAAAACAGGCUGGGGGUUCACAUUGCCUAUCCUCCCCCGGCGUUAGCGAUGCUCAACAGUGCACCUACCAACAAAUAUUUGUUGAGUGGUGUGGUUGAGAAGUACAAAGGAGUUCCAGGGGCUGAGUUUGGGAUUGUCGACAUCUACGGCCUUUUACUUGCCUCGCGCCUUUUGGUGCCCAAGGGCGAGCUUGCUGUCAAUGACGAGGACCUGAAGAUCUCUAGUCAACGUCUAUACGUCGAUAACGGAGCCAAUCCUUUGCCGAUCUAUACAGCGGUUCGACAUGAAAUCCCACCCGCUGUCUCAGAGGGGGACGCAGAGGCUCACAAGCACAAUGAAGCGUGGUUCCAAUGGUUUGAGUUCACGCCGUAUGAAAUGUGGUGUGAAGAACUUGGGGCUGGCAUCCCCACAUGGGCUGUUGGGCGCGAGUUCUCAGAGGGCAAGUGUCGUUGGAGGGAUAACGGCCUCGCCCUACCGGAACUGCGCCUCACUCUGCUGAUGGGAAUCUGGGGCAGUGCGUUCUGCGCCACAUUAUCCCAUUAUUACAAAGAGAUAAGACCCGUUGUGCAGGGUAUUGUGGGAUUUGCAGGGAUUGACCAGAUGAUUGCCGACCGCGACCACGAUCUUGUCAAAAUGCAUCCAAUUGACCCUGCUGUAAUCCCAAACUAUGCGCUUGGUCUACGCGGAGCACUCCCUCACUCAACACCGGAGAGCAUGUUCGAGACGACGAAUCUGCAAUUGAUGGAUGCGGGGAUGAGCAACAAUCUUCCUCUUUACCCGCUGCUCAGAGAGGGACGAGAUGUUGACAUCGUCAUUGCAUUUGAUGCUUCCGCCGACGUUCGGACAGAUAACUGGCUCAAGGUCGCGGAAGGUUACACGAAACAGCGGGGCAUCGUAGGCUGGCCAGUCGGUGCUGGUUGGCCACCAGCAAACGCUUCGACAGAAGAGAUUGCAGAGGACUUGGAGGCUGCUCAAGCACACAAUCAAGACAAAGCAAUUGAGAAGCUUGAAGAGGCCCAAAGCACACAAGCCGAGCAUGAAAAGAAGCAUCCCCAUCCGAAGGGCAGGCCUGAUGAUCUAGGAUAUUGCAACGUCUGGAUAGGGACAACCGAGGAACGAAUUACGGAGGAAGAAUUGUCGUCGGGCAGAAAGCGAGUGGAGGAGGAUUGGGAGCUCACAAGGCCUGAUGCCGGCGUGGCUGUUAUCUACUUCCCUUUUCUGGCGAACCCCAAGGUCAAGGGAGUGGAUCCGCGCACGUCAGAUUUCAUGUCUACAUGGAAUUUUGUCUACUCGCCGAAAAACAUUGACAAAGUGGUGGAUCUGGCACGAGCAAAUUUCGAAGAGGGCAAAGAACAGACCAAACGGACUGUGCGGGCAGUGUACGAGAGGAAAAAGUCGAGGAGGCUAGCUAGAGAGGCUGAGGAGAAGGAGAGGCGUAGGCGGUGGAAGAUCAGGACUAACCGGGUCGGGCGCGGCCUUGGAGAGGCAGACCACGGUGACCAGUUCAGCUGA